AUGGCUCUCACACAGCGCGUGGUCAUCAUCGGCGCCGGCAUCGUGGGCACCAACAUCGCCGACGAGCUGGUCUCAAGAGGAUGGACUGACAUUACCGUUGUUGAGCAGGGCCCCCUCCAGAUGCCUGGUGGCUCGACUUCCCAUGCUCCAGGCCUUGUGUUCCAGACUACACCAUCCAAAACCAUGACCAAUCUAGCACGCUAUACCGUCAACAAAUUAUUGUCGAUUGAGAAGGACGGUCAGAAUUGCUUCAAUCAGGUUGGUGGUCUGGAGGUUGCUACAACACCCGCUCGGCUGGAGGAGCUCAAGCGUAAACAUGGUUAUGCCUCUUCCUGGGGCAUUGAGGCGCGCCUCAUCAAUUCCGAGGAGUGUCUCAAAUUAUAUCCUCACCUCGAUCAAAACAUUGUUCUAGGCGGCCUUCACAUCCCCAGCGACGGUCUUGCCCUGGCUGCUCGCGCAACCCAACUGCUCAUUGAACGGACCAGGAAAGCUGGCGUCCGCUACUUCGGUGAGACUCCUGUUACCGGCAUCGAGCGGGCGGGCCGUCGCGUGACGGGCGUGACAACGCCUAAAGGCUUCAUUCCCGCUGAUAUCAUCAUUUCCUGCGCUGGGUUUUGGGGCGUGGAGAUCGGUGCGAUGGUUGGUGUGUCUAUUCCUUUGCUGCCCUUGGCGCAUCAGUAUGCAAAGACUACUGCUGUGCCAGCACUUGCCGGGCGUGAUCUCAACAAGCGGAUGAAUGGAAUGAACGCAGAAUUGCCCAUCUUGCGGCACCAGGAUCAGGAUCUAUAUUACCGAGAGCAUGGUGAACAGUAUGGUAUUGGAUACUAUGGCCAUCGCCCAAUGCCUGUCGUCGCAGGGUCAUUGGGUCUGACUCCCAAGCAUGUCGAUGAGAAGAACAUGCCAUCUCGUCUUGAGUUUACUAAGGAGGACUUUGAACCUGCUUGGAAAGAGUCACAGAAGCUUUUGCCUGCUCUGCGGGACACUCAGAUUGAUGAUGGGUUCAAUGGUGUGUUUUCGUUUACUCCCGACGGCGGACCCAUCAUUGGUCAAGCACCAAACCUGGACGGCUUCUGGGUUGCUGAAGCUGUGUGGGUCACUCAUUCGGCUGGCGUUGCACGCGCUGUCGCUGAGGUUCUCACAACGGGUCGAUCCCAGAUCGAUCUCACCGACUGCGAGCUAUCCCGGUUUGAAGAAGUGCAGCUCAGUCGCGCCUAUAUCAAUGAAACCUCGGCGCAGAACUUUGUCGAGAUUUACGAUAUCCUUCACCCAUCACAGCCUAAAGAGUCACCCCGAAAUCUUCGUACCAGUCCCUUCUAUUCUCGACAGAAGAGUCUGGGUGCCUAUUUCCUUGAGCUUGGAGGCUGGGAACGCCCUUUCUGGUACGAAUCAAACUCAUACCUUCUCAAGUGUCUUCCAGCAGAAUGGCAACCGGUCGAAAGAGAUGCCUGGUCCUCGCAGUUCUAUUCGCCCAUCGUGGCAGCAGAGGCAUGGAAGACCCGCAAUGCAGUGGCCAUGUACGAUAUGACUUCCUUCCACCGAUUCGAAGUGUCCGGCCCCGGUGCACUGCAUCUGCUCCAGCGCCUGACCACCGCCGACGUCGCUACCAAGAUAGGCGCCAUCAACCACGCUCUUCUCCUGAAUGACCAUGGCGGCAUUCUCAGCGACGUCUUCAUUGCAAGACUUGACGAAAAUCUGUUCCAGGUGGGCGCCAACACGGCCACGGAUCUCGCUUAUCUCUCCCGUGAAGCCCGUCGCCAGGGACAAUGGGUCCAGGUGCGCGACAUCACCGGCAGCACCUGCUGUAUCGGUCUCUGGGGUCCUCGAUCCCGGGAUGUGAUCAGCAGCAUAAGCACAGAUGACUUCACCAACAAGGCAUUUCCUUAUUUCACCGCCAAGAACGCCAUCAUCAACGGCAUUCCAGUCACAGCACUGCGCAAGUCCUAUGUUGGGGAAUUGGGUUGGGAGAUUCAAACCAGCGCUGAAUAUGGUCAGCGGCUCUGGGAUACCAUUGCGAACGCAGGAAAGACACACGGCCUCAUCCCUGCCGGUCGGGGUGCCUUCAACGCACUACGUCUGGAGAAGGGCUACCGCACUUACGGCGCCGACAUAAACACCGAGCACAACCCCUACGAGGCAGGUGUUGCCAGUGCUAUCCGAGCGAGUAAAUGGGAGGACUACGUUGGUAAGGCUGCGCUGGAGCGCCUUGUCAAAGAAAAGCCCACUCGCCGGCUGCGUUGUCUCACUGUUGAUGACGGGCGCUCCAUGGUCCUGGGCAAGGAACCAGUGUUCUUCAAUGGCAAGGCAGUUGGUUACGUCACCACGGCUGCCUUUGGUUAUACAGUUCGCAAACCCAUUGCUUAUGCUUGGUUGCCAAGCAAUGUGUCGGAGGGACAAGUUGUCGAAAUCGAGUACUUUGGCCGUCGGAUCAAGGCUACAGUCGCAGCGGAGCCGCUGUAUGAUCCAGAUUCGAGACGUCUACUUGAUGAAAAACCGGUCAUUGACCCAGCAAUGCAGCAACCGCUGAGACACCGACUAUAA